AUGUUAAUUGCACGGAAUGUAGAUCCUUUAGAACAAUCUUGCCUGGAUGCGCUUAAAGUUGUUAGCAAAAAAAAUAAUAAUAGUUCAAAUACUCCCAAAAACAUUGGUACACCAAUUGUACCACCGCUAGGCCGUAUUAACACUAAUAUGGCUGCAAUGUCCAUAAAUGAUCAAAAUCGCCCGGGGACAAAUAAUAACAACAUUAAUAGACCACCUGAACGACCGGUGGGUGCAACAAAUUUAAAUCAAAUAAAUAAUUUUGAACAGGGUAACAAUCAACCCAAUCCUCAAGUACCGCGGACUGUUGUUGGUCAACAUCCAAUACCAAUUAAUAAUCCUCAACAUCCAGUACCAAUUAAUAAUCCUCAACAUCCAAUACCAAUUAAUAAUCCUCAACAUCCAAUGCCAAUUAAUAAUCCUCAACAUCCAAUGCCAAUUAAUAAUCCUCAACGUCCAAUGCCAAUUAAUAAUCAUCAACAUCAAGUACCAAACAAUAUUGUUCAAACGCGACCUAACAAUCCAAAUUUUACCGGUCAAAUACCACAUAAUAAUCAAAUGCCACCCAAUCCAAAUUUUACCGGUCAAAUACCACAUAAUAAUCAAAUGCCACCCAAUAAUCCAAAUUUUACCGGUCAAAUACCACAUAAUAAUCAAAUGCCACCCAAUAAUCCAAAUUUUACCG